ACGUAAAUCACCGCGUGUAAAACCAGUAGCAAUCGAUCACUGGCCAACGGUGGGACACGAUGGAUUCAACUAACGAUCAACGAGCCUCUCUACCACUGGCAAUUGGUCCAUUGGCGAUCUUCAAAGCGACGCUUCAGCGACAUUCGGCCGUGUACCAUGUUAUUGCAGACGUGGCCAAACAGUAUCGUAUCCCGUAUGUGCAUACUUCGCGCUCAUCUGUUGCCAUGGAAACACUGAUCGAUCCAGAUCGGAGCGUUGUACGAUGGCUCGAGCUGUUCCCGUUCGAGGAUGCACGCAUUCUCCGCUCGCUGGUACGACGUGCCGAGAAGUGUCGUUUCCGGGCCAUCGUACUGACGCUCGACGAAAAUGCACAACACAUCAAUACGAGCCUGGAGGAUAGUCAGCCGGCGCGAAAAGAAUCCUUUAGCCAACCCGACUUUCAGGACCUUACAGAUGAUUUCAUACGAGCAGAAGCAACGGCUAUCAUUCUCAACAUCGGUCCUUAUACACCUUUCGAAGAAUUCGUAACACAAUUGACCACAAUUAUGCUGUAUCCGAGAAUGCAAGAUUCGGUUUACGCUGGCGGCAGUUGCUUCACAGAAGACGAAGUAGCAGAAUUGGUGAAAAAAGGUAUCAAAAGAAUUUUUAUCGAUCUACCAGCACUAUUUGGUUUGAUUAUUGAUGGAGGUAAUGGUGUGUCUAAUGUGUUGGAAAUUUAUAAAAGAAAGCUUCCAAAUAGUUGAAGGUUUUGAGAAGGGAAAGAAAACGCUUCAUGAGGAAUGUCAGUAAUUCAUCCCAAUCAGCUGUUCAAUAAAAAUAAAACGGCAGAGUUUGU